GUGCUGACCAAGGAUGUCGCUUAUCAGCUGACAAGAAAAGAAGUUUGCUGUGAAAUGGAUUUUCGUGUCAGUGUAACUCUUCGGGAAAAGACAGAAGCAACAUCCAGAGACUCUCCAACAGCAAGCAUCGUAGCAUCUGGACGACUGGCCUGAUCUCUACCGGCUUCAGCACAGGGCUCUCUCUAGACUAUGGCUCCACAACAAACAGGACGUUCUCAAAAUUGUUCUCAGGACGUGCACAAGUAAACCUCUCUCUUUAACACCUUCUACCUUACUGUUCUUUCACUGCCUCAACCUUCCUCGGUUUCUUUCAUCUUUACUUUGUGAAUACUCUGUGUGUGAAAAUGGACAGCACAAAGCCUGUACAGCCCAGUCUCAACUCCUCCUAUAUUCCAACUGCUCUUGGCAACCACAAUGUAUUUGAGGACGACGAGAAUGAAGACCAGAGUCCAUCUGCAUCCCUCCUGCCCAGUCAUUCCUCAGUGCCUCUGGCUGUGCGCUACAGUCCAGAGGACUCUUACUGUUUGGUGUACAUCAUCUUCUUUCUGAUGGGCAUCGGCUCCCUGCUACCCUGGAACUUCUUCAUAACAGCCAAACACUACUGGCUCUACAAACUGAGUAACAACACUCAUCAGCGCAGCAGUGGGGAUCAACGGACAGAUCUCAGUGACUACUUUGAAAGCUAUCUGGCCAUUGCCUCCACGGUGCCCUCUGUGCUGUGUCUGAUACUCAACUAUGUCCUAGUUAACAGAUUGUCUCCUAACGUCCGGAUCCUGUCGUCUCUAUUUGUGAUCCUGCUGGUGUUUGUGCUGACUACGGUGCUGGUGAAGGUGGACACAUCAGACUGCACGAUGGAGUUCUUUAUCUGCACGCUGGCCAGUGUGGCUGUUGUCAGCGGAGCCUCCAACAUCUUCUCUGGCAGCGUGUUCGGGGUCAGUGGGCAUUUCCCCAUGAGGAUCUCUCAGGCCCUAAUAUCAGGCCAGGCAAUGGGAGGCACACUGAGUGCAGUGGCAUCAAUAAUAGACCUGGCAGUCGCGGAGGAUGUGACAGACAGCGCUCUGGCCUACUUCCUGACAGCCGACGUCUUCAUUCUACUGUGCAUUAUCACAUAUCUCCUGCUGCCCAAACUGGCAUAUUCAAGACACUACAUGCUUGCAGCAACAUGCACGAGCACAGGAGUGAUAAACGAAGGUGAAGGCUCUUCAAGCACAGUGAGCAGAGUCUCCGUGCCACCGCUGCAGCCUAUCCUCAGGAAAACGUGGGUCCUCGGCCUAAGUGUCUUCUAUGUCUUCUGCGUCUCUAUAACGGUGUUCCCAGCUGUAUCCUCAGGGAUCCAAUCUGUCCACAAAGACAGCGGCAGCCCCUGGACAACCACUUACUUUGUGCCUCUCACCAGUUUCCUCCUGUACAGUGUAUCAGACUACUGCGGCAGGCAGGCCACAGCCUGGCUACAGGUCCCAGGCCCCACCAGCCGAGUCCUGCCGGUACUUGUGCUGUGUCGUUCUGUCAUGGUCCCACUUCUCAUGUUCUGUAACUAUCAGCCACGGGACCACUUCCACACAGUGCUGUUCGCACAUGAUGCAUACCCUGUGGUCUUUAACUGCAUGCUAGGCCUCUCUAAUGGCUACCUAGGCACUCUACCAAUGAUCUAUGGCCCAAAGGUGGUACCUCAGGAGCUGGCAGAAGCCACAGGAGUGGUCAUGUCCUUCUUCCUCACUCUGGGACUGGCUGUUGGAUCUGUGUUCUCUGUGCUUAUCGUGCACUGUAUCUGAUCAGGCUGUUAGGCAAUAACCUAGUCACGUACCGUGUAGUGGAGGUGGACAGUAGAGUCAGUACACCUACUGCUGAUGAAUAUCAGAACCUCGAAGCACCGUGAUGCCAAGUGCACCAGCGAAGCCAGUCUGUUAUGAGGGAAAAGUCCUGAUAAGCUUCUCGUUGCCAGUCUUGAUCUAAAAGCCUUAAUUCUUUCAUACCUCACAUUAACGUGUGUUAUGUUUACACUGAUGUGGCUCGUGAUAUGAACCUUAAGGCUGUGUCCACCAUGACUUGGCCUCUACCUACUGUAUUUGAAACGAGGGAGUGGUUCUUUGAGCAACAUUUGCAAUUGUACAGUCCAUAAGGGACAACUCAUUAAACAACAGAGCUUUUAUUGUAUACAUUACAUUUUGCAAAACACAAUUUGCACAUUAAUUUAAAGAAGUGAAAAUCUGGGAUCUGGAAGUUGCUAUGCAGAAGGUGUUACAUGUCAUUUCAGUUCAACUGCAUACUGGAGUAUGCAGAUGUCAAAGAAGCACCACAUUUUAUUGAGGGAUAAAGGUGCAAAAAAUGUGGAAAAUUGUAGUAAAUGAACAGGUUGUUGAUUUGCAUCUGUCUGUAAAUCUUUUAUCUGAACUUGAUCACAUUUUAUAAACUGAACAUUUUCAGUAACAA